UGUUCCCUCCCUCAGUCUACUUUGCGACUUCGUUUUCCACAUACUCUCUCCUCUUCUUUCCACACCUCGUCCCCGGACCUCUCGUUAAUCUCCACCAAUGGCAAAAGAUCCAGUUCGUGUUCUUGUUACAGGAGCUGCAGGACAAAUAGGGUAUGCUCUUGUUCCCAUGAUUGCUAGAGGAGCAAUGCUGGGUCCUGAUCAACCUGUAAUUCUGCACAUGCUUGAUAUCCCACCUGCUGCAGAGGCCUUGAAUGGGGUGAAAAUGGAGUUGGUGGAUGCUGCAUUUCCACUUCUUAAAGGUGUUGUUGCUACAACCGAUGUUGUUGAGGCAUGCACUGGGGUAAAUGUCGCAGUCAUGGUUGGGGGUUUCCCAAGGAAAGAGGGAAUGGAAAGAAAGGAUGUGAUGUCAAAGAAUGUCUCCAUCUACAAGUCCCAAGCCUCUGCUCUGGAAAAGCAUGCAGCUGCAAACUGCAAGGUUUUGGUCGUUGCCAAUCCAGCAAACACUAACGCCUUGAUCCUGAAGGAGUUUGCACCUUCUAUCCCUGAAAAGAACAUAACUUGCUUGACGAGGUUGGACCAUAACAGGGCACUAGGACAAAUCUCUGAGAGAUUGAAUGUUCAUGUUGCUGAAGUUAAGAAUGUUAUUAUAUGGGGUAAUCAUUCUUCAACUCAGUACCCUGAUGUCAACCAUGCAAAGGUUGUAACACCUGGUGGAGAAAAGUCUGUGCGAGAACUUGUCGCUGAUGAUGGAUGGUUGAAUGGGGAGUUCAUCACCACUGUCCAACAACGUGGUGCUGCAAUUAUCAAAGCCCGAAAGCUAUCUAGUGCAUUGUCUGCUGCAAGUGCUGCUUGUGACCACAUACAUGAUUGGGUUCUUGGGACGCCAGAGGGAACCUGGGUUUCCAUGGGUGUGUACUCUGAUGGAUCAUAUAAUGUGCCUGCUGGCCUGAUCUAUUCAUUCCCCGUAACUUGUCGUAAUGGAGAAUGGACAAUUGUUCAAGGACUCUCAAUCGAUGAAUUCUCAAGGAAGAAAUUGGACUUGACAGCAGAGGAGCUCAGUGAAGAGAAAUCUCUUGCAUACUCGUGCCUUUCUUGAGUGCCAUCGUCCCUCAUCAUCAGGAGCUCAGUAAAAAGAGCUUAUGAAGUAGCUUCAGUUUUGAAAUAAGUCAUUUUGAAUUCUAUAAACAUUGUUGAUGAUGGAGAAGCUGCUUCUGUCUGUUUUUUUUCUGCCAUUUUUAUAGCUGUGUAAGAGACCUGAAUUUUUCACUCCUUAGAUGUCAUUGAUGAGUGCAGGCAUGCUUUUUUUUUUUUAAAUGAUAAAAUGAAACAGGAACAGGAAUGGUUAAUACCAGUGUUUUUAGUAGCUUUGGCUCUGUCUAAUUAA